UGUUCUGGUGACGUCAAUGCUAGGCAGUAACGAGGAGGGCGCCUCAGUGCCAGAAGGCGAGUGCUGCCUGUGGGAACGCUGCCCUGCUUAUACCUUCCCCAGGACCAGCCGACAGGGGACACGGUGCGAAGACAUGGCGGAGGCUCAGCCUUCAGGACCAACAAAAUACAAUCCUGAUGCAGCUGAUUUUAUUCCACGAGACAAGUUAAAUCAUCAGCCUAGUUGGCGAAGUCAUGGGAGGCCUGAAACUAACAGGGGUUGGAACAGAAACAGUAACAUGCCAUCAUCUCACCAGCAGCAACCACAUGGAGACAGUCCUUCACAAAAAAUGCAGACAUACAAUAGCACAGUCAAAAGCAACCAUGAACGAAGCCAAGAAGGUUCAGUGGAAACCACUAGUGCAAGCAAACCUGUUAAAAAUCACAGUUUUCAGAACCAGAGGUGGCAUAGGUCAAGAAGUGAGAGAUCACAUACCAGAAAUCCUCACCGGCAGCCUCUUUCUGACACCUCAACAAGGCCAUCUUUUGCUGGAACAGCGCCACUCACUGACUGGCGGAUACGAACAAGAGAGCCCAGUGACUUGUGCUCUUCUGAAAGUGAGAAGGAGGUUGGUAGUGCUGACAGCAGAGGUGCUAAACCAAAGAAAUUGACACAUGUGUCUGGAGGGUCUCUUAGAGGCCCAAGGGACAGAACAAAGUUUUCAUAUGAUCGGGAGAAACGGGUAACUCCGAAGCAGAAAACAGAAGAAAUGUUUGAGAACAUCCCACCUCGGAAUAUAACAAAAUCUGUGCCAUCUAAAGAUGAGCAUUUCAAAAGCAGACCUGAACGCUAUGAGGGUAAUGGAGCAAGUGAUGCCAAGUCGAGGCAUUCAGCAUCUGGAAGGAAUAUUGUGCGUGAGCCUUUGGACUGGAACAAGCCCCAGGAGGAAGUUCAGUCUGGUAAACCUAAUGAAUCGCAUAGCAGCAAGAGCUUGAGACAUGACAAAAGUCAGUCUGCAACUUUUACAUCAAAAGAGAAAAAAGUAGAGCGAGUUAAAGAACCUGUCCUUUCCAAUUCUUAUCAAGAGCCAAAGCCUCGCAGUCACCACUGGACAACUGAUGGAGAUAAACAUUCGGGGAGGAAGCAUCCUCCACAAGACCGUCCUGCCAAAACAUCUAUGCAGGCUGGGUUUAGCAAACAGUGGAAGAAACAUGAUGUACCAAAGAACAAGGAAACGCACACUGGCUCACUAAUAGAACAGCUGACAGCUGAGAAGUACGAGUGCAUGGUCUGCUGUGAGAUUAUUCGUGUCAUGGCUCCAGUCUGGAGUUGUCAAAGCUGUUACCAUGUGUUUCACCUCAACUGUAUUAAGAAAUGGGCCAGGUCUCCUGCAUCACAAGCAGAAGAUGGUAACAGUGGUUGGAGAUGCCCUGCCUGUCAGAAUGUCUCUGCUCGAGUGCCAAGCACCUACACCUGCUUUUGUGGUAAGGUAAACCAUCCUGAGUGGAAUAGGAAUGAGAUUCCUCACAGCUGUGGUGAACUCUGCGGGAAGAAGCGUUCAGGCCUGGACUGUCCUCACUCUUGCAACAUUCUCUGUCAUCCUGGACCCUGCCCAUCAUGUCCUGCUUUUAUGACAAAAACCUGUGAAUGUGGACGAACAAGCCAGUCUGUGCGUUGUGGGCUAUCUUCUACAAUGCACUGUGCUAAUGUUUGUGGAAAUCCGUUGAACUGUGGAGAGCACAGCUGUAGCCAGGUUUGCCAUGCUGGAAAAUGCCCAGCCUGCCAACAAAUUAUACAUCAAGCUUGCUACUGUGGAGGAAGUUCUCGUGAUGUGCCUUGUGGGACAGAUAAGGAUAAUUAUGAUGGUUUUGGAAAUUUCUCCUGCCAGAAGCACUGUGGCAAGAAACUAAACUGUGGGAAACACAGCUGUACUGAAGUUUGUCACCCUCAGCCUUGCCAGCCAUGCCCGCGACUUCCUCAGCUUGUUCGAUUUUGCCCCUGUGGACAGACACCAUUGAGUAAACUGCUGGAACUAGGUUGUGUGGACAGGAAAACCUGUACGGACCCGAUCCCUUCCUGUGGGAAGACCUGCGGCAAGCCAUUGCCUUGUGGUUCCCAUGAUUUCAUUCACACCUGUGAGAACCUCUGUCAUGAAGGGGAAUGUGGUCCAUGCUCUCGUACUUCUAAUAUAUCCUGUCGUUGUGGCUUCAAAACGAAGGAAGUUCCCUGUGCCCUAAUUCAAAAUGAAGAGGAUCUUACUUUUGUUUGUGAUAAACGAUGUAGCAAAAAGCGGCAUUGCGGACGACAUAAAUGUAAUGAAAUCUGCUGUGUGGACAAAGAACACAAGUGCUCCUUAAUAUGCGGACAUAAACUUAACUGCGGCCUUCACAGGUGUGAUCAGCCUUGUCAUCGUGGGAACUGUCAAAACUGCUGGCAAACAAGUUUCGAUGAACUCACUUGUUAUUGUGGUGAGUCUGUGAUUUUUCCUCCUGUCCCUUGUGGCACUAGACCACCUGAAUGCAAAAACUCAUGUACCCGGCAACACGAGUGUGAUCAUCCAGUUUUUCAUUCAUGUCACAGUGAGGAGAAAUGCCCCCCUUGUACAUAUCUCACUCAGAAAUGGUGUAUGGGGAAACAUGAGCUUAGAAAUAAUAUUCCAUGUCACCUUAGUGACAUUUCGUGUGGCCUCCGUUGCAACCAGACUUUAAAAUGCGGGAUGCACAAAUGUAAGCGGAUCUGCCACAAAGGAGAGUGUCUCAUAGAUGAAGACUGCAAACAGCCUUGUAUUCUCCCAAGAACGGACUGCGGACAUCCAUGCUUAGCCCCAUGUCACCCUAUGCAGCCAUGUCCUUCAUCUAUAUGCAAUGCAAAGAUAGAUCUUCAGUGUGAAUGUGGACGACGGAAGGAGAACAUGAUUUGUUCAGCAGCAUCCUCUGUUUAUCAAAGAUUUGCUGCUAUAUCUAUGGCUGCAAAGCUUACAGAAAUGCAACUUGGGGAUUCUGUGGAUAUUGGAAAACUAGUCACCAAAAAGGAGAUGAAGCAAGCAAGGCUUCAGUGUGAUGAAGAGUGCCUUGCUCUGGAUAGAAACAGACGUCUGGCUGAGGCUUUGAAUAUUUCUGAAAAUUCAGACCCUUUUAAUACGCGUUCUGGAUCGAAGUACAGUGAUAGCUUGAAAGAAGAUGCAAGGAAAGAUUUAAAGUUUGUUUCAGAAAUAGAGCGAGAGAUUAAGGCACUUGUGGAUGCUGUAAACAAGGGAAAGCAAACAAAGAAGAGCCACUGUUUCCCACCUAUGAACAGAGACCACCGUAAAAUUAUUCACGAUCUGGCCGAGGUUUACUGUGUGGAGAGUGUUAGUUAUGACAACGAACCUAAACGCAAUGUUGUAGUCACUGCUGUUAAAGGAAAGUCUAUGUGCCCAGCGGUUACUCUUAUGACUGUGAUUGAAAGGGAGAUCCAAGCAAGGCCACCUCCACCAAUUGCUCAUUACAGACAUCAGCCAGAACGAAAUGGUGGAAGCAGUGGUGGACAGGCAGCAAUGCGUGAUGAGCCAGUAAUAGAUUACUUUGAUGUCCAAGACUAGUCUGAGAAAUGCACUAAAUCAAAUUGGAAUAUAGUGGGGUAACAUCCUCUGUGGCUUUGAAACUCUGUGAAACAUUCACAUCAUGCUUUAGGUAGCUGCUACAGCGUAUGAAAGCAUUCCUCCACGACGUGGCCAGGAGGCCGUCUGGGACCAGGAACCUAAGCCUUGACUAUCAGAAGUGCAGAGUAUAUUGCUCAUGUCUUUUCAGUAUCUGCCAUUCACACAGUAAAAUUACAUAUUUGUUUGCAUUGCAAUACUUUACAAUCUUAGUGCCUAACUUCUCACAUGAUUUUCAACAAAAGAACCCUAAUUAGUUAUAUUACUUUCAUAAAUCUGAAGAAACACAAAAAAUAGAAGGGUUUAAACAUUUUGGGGUAAAGUGCUACAUCUAAGUUGACUCUCAAAAGUGAGCCUGGUUUCAACAGAAUUGUUCUAUAAACAUUGAUCCUUUGUGCUCAUUCUUAAAAACAAGACUUGGUUCUCAUCACAAAGCAUCUCUUUUAUGUUCAUUUUGAAGAGGUGCAUAACUUAAUAUGUUGUGCUGUUUUCUAAAUAGAAGUAUAUUUAUCAAAAUAAAUCUGCCCUGUUACACUUUAUAAUGUCAUUUAUAGUGCUUUUCGAACAUCAAAACCAUAAGGAUUUUCCAUCUGAUUAAGUUACCAGAAAAUACAUACAAACCAUUUUAACAAAAAAGGCUAUUCAGAAUUCCAACGUGAAUUUAUUUUUCUUUUUUGUGGAUUUGCUGUCAAUCAUUUAAUGUCUCUGUAGUGAAGGACUGUGAAUUCACUUUUUCUUAAUCUAAACAUCUUGAUAACACUACAGGGUGAAGUUGGACAAUGAUUAGGACAUAGUAUUUCAUUUGUAUUUUACAGAGUAACUUAAAGGGACACUAUAGUCACCUGAACAACUUUAGAUUAAUGAAGCAGUUUUGGUGUAUAGAACAUGCCCCUGCAGCCUCACUGCUCAGUCCUCUGCCAUUUAGGAGUUAAAUCCCUUUGUUUAUGAACCCUAGUCACACCUCCCUGCAUGUGACUUGC